CCUGCCUUGUAACAGUGUUUGUGGAGUGAAACUCUUCCAACAGUGACUUGAGACACAUGAACUGUCACUGGCUGCUGAUCUCACAUCAACAGAGGUUGUAUUGUUCUCUGCACUUCCCAGAACAAACCCUCAAACAUGUGAGCACUGAUAGAAACGCUGUGGUGCUCUGGCUCUGAUCAUUGAUUUUCUUGAAGAAUUUCUGAACAAAGCUUCAAAAGCAGCAAAUAAAAACGACUUUUUAACCCCUUCACUUGAAUAAAACACAAAUCAAAAGUUUCUGCCAUCAAUCUACCAACAAACUCAGUGUUAAUGGAAAAAGACGAAAAGUUGAGAAACAUCUGCUUUCUCUUAAUCUUUAUGGAUUUUUCUGACAGAAAUGUUGACCUUUCACCUCACAGUUUCACACAGAGAUCCACCAACAGGAUUCAGUUUUCUCUCAUAACAAGAACAGAACCUGGUUCUGGAUCAGAUGUGUUCCUGUUGUGUCUUGGCCCGAGCUUCAGCAGACUCCCUCCCUUCCUCCCCUCACCUGCCUGGGACAGUGGAACACACCUGGCAGCGUCAGCAGACACGCCCCCUCCCUUCAUGUUCAGACUCAUGACGCCCCUCCAGGAACUCCCUGCAGAGCUGCCUGAUCCCAGACCGCCGUGCACACUCAGGCGAGCAUGAGGAGGUUUUUCAGAGCGCACAGGGACGAGGACUACAGUCAGAUCCAGUACCUGACCGCCAAGUGCACGCGCCUGGCACACGACAAAGCAGUUCUGGAUCGCGAGUUCCUGGUGUCCAGAGAGAAGGAGAGGAAGCUGCAGAAUGACCUGGAAGCUGUAUCGUCUCGAUUCCUGCAGCAGGAGCAUCUAAACGUGGAGCUGGUGAUGAACCAGGACAAACUGCUGAGGAGGAUCCAGGAGCAGCAGGAACUGCUGAACCUGCUGCAGCAGCGUGUGCUCCAGCUGGCGGAGGAGAGCCGUCGGGACGUGGCGCUCCUGCAGGAGGUCGGUGCAGAGCUGCAUUGCCUGCAGAGCUCUGAGGGGGAGCUGCAGGGUCUGGUGGAGGAGCUGUUUGUGGAGCUGCAGCACCGAGCCUCUCUGUCAGAGAAGCUGCAGGCAGAGCUGCUCCGGAGGGAGGAGGAGCUGGAGGAUCUGCACGACACAAACCAAGGUCUGACAGAGGAGCUGAAGGAGCUUCACAGAACGCAUCAAGAGGAAACCAGAGAUCAAAGAACACAAGUGACAGAGCUGCAGCUGCAGAAUGACAGAAGCCUCCGGAAGCUGCAGGAGACGGCAGAGCAGUUCGAAUGGCUCUGCCAGCAGCAGAGAUGCUGGAUGAGCUGCGUGAAGAGGUGGAAGGAGUCUCUGGUGGAGGACAGACAAACUUUAUUGCGCCACAUCUGCAAGCUGGAGGAGAAAGCAGAGAGUCCCAGGAAAAGUUCCCAUGAUGCAACACAGAGCCUGCCCUGGCCUCUGGUGGAGAGCUGUGACAGAUUCAACCAACCUGAACUUGGAUCUGGAGCAUGGAGCAACAUGGCCUAAAGACGGAGAAGUCUUCAUCAGAGAGAUCCCCGUGAAGACCUCAGAGCGACACAAACUGCAGGCUCGGUUCUGUCGGAAGGUUUUGGUCAAAUGCUACAAAACAUCAUUUUCUACUUUUGAGAUCAUGUAUAAACUAUUGAUCGUUUCCUAAUCAAUCCUGGUGGGGGCUCAAGUCAAGAUUUCUUUAGAUUGAAGGCUUAGUCAGCAUUCAACCAAAUGGUGAUUCUCCUGCUCCUUUCUGUACGUUUUUGGGCACUUAAAAACUCAAUCACACCUUCAUCAAUUUCAGCAAUCUGAUAUCAAAACGUUCAGCUCAUUCGGGAUAUUUAUGCUUGUAUUUUUUG